ACAUAUGCGAGCUGACAAGGACUGACAUUUUAGUGAUUUGACAUUUGACACAUGACAGUGAAAAUUUGUAAACGUUUGAUGAUAGUCGUGUAAAAGAUUAUUUGUGAUUGAAUUUUUGUACAUUUUUGAAUAAAAUGUCUGGUGAUAACGUUUUGGAUUUACAUCAUGUACAUCAGUGCUUUCAAAGGAGUCUUAAAGAGGAAGAUGACGUUGUGAUAGAGGCAUAUAUUGAUGGAUACAACGAAUUGGUCAAAUUCUUGAACCUCAUCGGUUCUGUAUUCUCCUUCGUGAGCAGCGACGUUAAAAGUAAAAUAAAAGUGAUGGAGAAGCAUCGGGAAGGCGAACACGCGGUCUACUACGAGUCCUUCAAGAAGAUGAUGAAGUAUGAAAAGGAAACGGGUCUGCACGAAAAGAAUGGCUUCGUAUCCGGCUCGAGGACAAUGCUUCGUUUGCAUAGAGGAUUGGAUUUCAUACGUCUAUUCUUAAAACGUCUGGGCGAGGCUGACGAGGGCAUGAACACGUGUACAGCCUGUCAGGGGACUUACAAUGAAACCUUGGCAGAGUUCCACCCCUGGUACAUCAGGAAGGCGGCCACUCUAGCUAUGCACGCGCUACCGAACCGGCCGGACUUGCUCAAAAAGAUAUUCGGCACGCCGGAGAGUCUGGAGGCGGCACUAACGAUACUGCCACAGACACUGGCCUCCUGCGACGAAGUAUACAAACGAGUGGAACAGCUUUACACAGAAUUCGAAUUCCACGAAUUACCUUAAUGCUAUAAACUAGGUAUUUAUAAAUUUUAGCAUUUAUGUUUCGCGUCGAUGCGAGAACGCGGGCUGUAUUCAGCGCAAUAUUCGGGGGGUCGACCACCCACGGUUAAUAUUAUUUAAUUUUUCACUGCUUAAAUAUUUUCUUAAUGUAAAUAAAAUAUGUAAAUUAAUUUCUGGCAUGAAUUGAAUUUGUAAUGCUAUGCGUGCCAGUACUAAUGCAUAAUGGAGUUUUACUUUAAUUAGAAUAAUUUCAAGUUUUUAAUGAAUAUCGAAAUUUUUCCAAAAUUAUAAUAAGUUACAUAGGGUAAAUGCCAUUAUUACUAACAAAAAAUUGUUUAACUUAGUUUUUGGAACUUUGCGUGAUAUCAAGAUAUACGUAGUUCCAGAUUACCAAAGAGCAGUCGUUUUUGAUUUCAACAAAUAAAUAUAAAUCAAAAUGAUGCAUGAAACAUAAUAUUCAAACAAAAGUGAUUUGUAAAAGAGUAAUCUUUAUCUGCACAUUACUUAUACAUGUUUACUUCGUUUUUAUUCUUUCUGUAUUCUGAUAUGCUUGCGUGAGUAGAAAAUUAACAUUAUCAGCCCCGAAUCGUCGAUAAAGGUGAUAAUAAUUAUCAUUUAAUUAACAGUAUUGAUUUACAUCGUCAGGAAAGUGUUAGACAAACACGAUAAAAGGUAUACAAAUAGCUGUUUAUAAGCGUUAUGUAUCAUAUUUUACGACAAACCCUCUCAGUAGAGGAUGCCUGCGAUCAACUAUGGGACAGUAUAAAAUACAGCGCUGAUUUAUUCCUAUUAGGUUGUUUUUUUUUUUGGUAAAAGUAAAAUAUUUUGUAGCUGGUAUGUUUGUAUCCCCGAUAGUGACAAAGGUACACCAGAAGUAAAAGCUGGCAUCGUGAUCCACGUAAGCGUGUCAGACCAGCGUAAUUUAAUAUUCUAUCUGGACGCCAUGCCUCUUGCCACAUAAAGGACAUACUUUGCUAUGCUUUAAAAAAUCCUUAUAAUCAAUAAUAUAAGAUUAUUUAACGAAGCAUCUUUUUAUUAAAAGGUACAAUUUUAAGCGUCUUAUCACAUUUCAGUGAUCUUGAUUGGCAUGAUGAGAUAAUAUUUAACAUAAUUAAUUCAUUUCUUCAUUAGAUAAUUGAUUUUCUAUAGCGGUGUCCUAGCUAUUCAGUUCUUAAUUUUUUUCCUAUUAUUAUUAAAAGGCCGUUAGUGAUUUUCAUAUUUUAUUUUAUUUGAAUGUUUUUAUUCCUAAAAUUUAUUUAUUUUAGCAAUGUAGUCAGUAAUGGUGCCAUUUACCCUAUAGGAACCACGUAAUGCAAAUUAUUGAGUACAUAUCCAAAUAUUUUAUAAUAAUUAUUUGAAGUAACUCAUAAACUAAUUUAGUUAAAUUGUCUGUUGGUCAAAUAAUUGGUUUUGCAGCAAUGACCAUACUUUGUAAAUAUACAGAAGACUUAUUAUAUCUAUUUAAUACCAUUAUACCAUCCCAAAGCUUCGCCAAGACAGUAUAGCGACUAUAGAUUGAUAUCGUUGGAUUGGGGAUAGUACAAUACCGCGUAAGUGACGAACAUAAAUACACAAAAUGUAAAGUAAAUAUACAAACUCUCGCGUGAAAUAGAUGUUAUUUGAUACUUCUGCUGUAUUUACCAGUGCUAGUUAUGCGGUAUUAUUCCAGAUAUAUUUUUGUGGUCGCAAAAUGAGUCAGUUGUGUUUAGUAAAAUAUAUAUUUAUUGUUUUUAUAUAUUCAUUAGCAAUGACCGGGUAUAAAUCUGUUCAAAAUAAAUUAAAUCACAAGGCCUAACUGAUAGCGUAAUUGGUGUCGUGUAUCGAUUUAUGUUUGAAACGUAAGUUAUUACAGAAUGAAGUAUUAUGUCAUUAAUGAAGACAGGGCUGUGGAUAUUGCGUUGUAAAUACGUUUUUUUCUUAUUCGUCGGUAGAAAAACUAUAGUAAUUGUCCUUUGGUACUUUCUACAGUCAUUAAUCUUUGUAUCGAGGGACACAAAUAUAAAAUUUUUGAAUUGAUAAAAAUGAAGUUUUAUAAAAGUAAUUUUUUCGAUAUCUGAGGCAAAAAAAUCGUAAAUAAAUUUAAAUUUUAUUGAUUUGAUAUUAUCUUAUGACCAAAAAUUUAUUGUUAUUUUAUAUUCUAUAAAAUUGAUAGUGUUGAUUAAUAAUUUAAGUAAUCAUGUCUUCUUAGUCCAAAUAUACGUAGUCCUUCCUACUGCCAAUACCUUUGGUUUAAGAAAAAACGUAAGGUUUGUAGAGAAAAUUUCAACAUAUAUUCUUGAGCUCAAUCGUAACCUUUGCUCAGGUGUAGUUCAUGUCAUGUAGCAUUUUCUAUUUACAUUUGUAUGCUUGUAUCGUGUAAACAGUAAAGAAAUAUAAAAAAAGUAAUGUUUAUUGAUUGCCAAUGUAUGUAGCAUCAAUAUCGUAAUAUUUUUGGGGGGUUAUUUGACCCCCGUUCCGAUUUGUUAAAUGCGGAACUGUAUCGAAAAUAUUAUCUGUAAAUAUAAUAAAAUUGUAGAUUUUCUGUGUUUAAAAUGUAUAUUUUGAAUUUGAAUCAUCGUUUUACAAAAUCAUGUUUAUACUUAUCGAGCCUUCAUAUGAAAGCAAAAUGCACGAUAAGAACCAUUUCUUGUAUAUCUGAUGCGACAGUUUCUUAUUUGAGUCUUUAAAUUUCAAUCAAGGCCAAAUCCAUGACAUUUAAUAGUCUUGAAACGCGCGAUUCAAUUGUGGAGUUGGGCAAAUUUGGUACCAAAAUAAGAAACAGUGUGAGAGCGGUCGAGUCAGUACUGUCUAAACGUCGGUAUGGACAUGUUUGAAUUUUUAGACUUAUUUUAUGGACUUUAAGCGUAUUAAACACUAGCUUUUGCUAAAAGUCCCGCUAUAUAUUUUCCUGAGAUAAAAAGUAGCCUAUGUCCUUCUUAGCCCAUUUAAUUAUGUAGUAAAUAAUAAGGUUAUUUUUCCGUGACACGCGUAAUGUCAUGUAACUGUCAUGCAGCUGUCAUGUUUGCCGGCAAACAUUCGGAUAUUAAAUGAGUUGGUUAUUAAGUAUCUCCUUACCAAAUUCCAUCGAAAUCCGUUCAGUAGUUUUGAAUUUAUUGCGUUCAGGCAGACGCGGCGGAGGACUUUGUUUUAUAAUAUUAUGUAGUUAGUGAUUAGAUUCUUAAAUCGAAAUUGUAUGGAGAUGGCCAUGUUUGAAGUUUAACGACUAGAUUCUGUUAUCACCAGUGACGGUUGAAUUAAUUUAACUGAGUUGCAGUCUAUUUUAAUAUUGUAUUUUCACUAAGCUUUUAGGCAAUGUUAACAUAUUUUUUAAAUUGCCACAAUAAUAUAAAUCACUGGCUCCCUGUUACAGGGUUCUAUGUUAUAUUUACUUAUUUUGCAAAAAUGAGGCUUAAAAUGAUCAUGGAAAAAUUGGAGCAGACGAUUAGGCAUGGUUCCCUCUUUAUUUAUCUUUUGGUAUUGGAAAUUUUUACUAAAAUAGACUUAGCAUUAUGUGAUUAUUUCUAUUUGUACAAAAAUUAUAUCAUGUAACCUUGUUAUAGAGUCAGUGAAAUGCCGAGUAAGAUAACGAUAAUUAAAAUCCAUAUCUACGGUUGAAAGAUUAAUUGAGUUAAGCACCACUUUUUUUCGAAAAAAAAAUUCUAGUAAAAAAAAAACAGAAAAAAAACUGCUUUUAAAUAUAUAUAUGAAACUUAGUAUUGAAAUAAUUUUGCUUAAGUUAAUUAGCCUUUAAACUGCGAUAUAUCCAUAAUCCAUAUAAUAUAUAAAAAUGAAUCCCUAUUUGCCUUGGUCACGCCAUCACGCGUGAACGGCUGCACCGAUUUCACUAUUAUUUUUUUUGUGUUUGUAAUUGUCAGGAGAAGGUUCUUAUGAACGAAAAAUUUCAAAAAAUUCACGACAAUAUUAAUUUUACAUAACUGUCAGUGAUCGACAGAAUGCGCGCGUGCAUACAUAGUUACAACGUUUGUCGGGUCAGCUAGCAAUUUAUUAUAAUCAUUUAUGUAUAGUCACAAAAAUCGUCAAGCAAUUUCAAAAGUCAAAUCGCCUAUACUUUUGAGAAUUUACUAAGAUUUUCUUUUUUGAAAGAAACUGAAAUGUUUCCUUUUAUUAAGAAAAUAAACUUGUUUUAGAUUCUUUUGUGGCUGAUUACGCUAAGUAAUAUUGCGGUAAUAUUGAAGGAAAUAUGUUUACAUUGUCUAUAAGUUUUAAUUAUACUAAAGGGCGCUUUACAUAAUAUUUUUAAUUGUUACUAUGUUACGUUUAACGUUCCUUUAUUAAUAUGCUUUAAGUUCUAGUAUAAAUGCUGAUAUGUGAUUGUUUUAUGACAUUAUGUCGAUACUAAAAUAUAGUUGGGUUAUUUUUUCAUCAGAUUUGUUUUAUUUUGUUUAACUAUAAGGAUGUUUGAUAUCUUAAAAACGUGCCGUUUAUACAUGUUAUGGAUGAAGUUUGUAUGCAUAUUGUAUAAUAUAGGUUUAUAUAUAAAUAAAAUCAGUGAAUAUUGCCUUGCUUGAUAAAUAAAGUAUUGAAUAAUCUAAGUGCAGUCGGAAACCAAAUUAUUACAAUUAAUUUAUUAUUAACACAAGUUGUAACUUUUUUUAUCUGUAGUGCUUUUGUUUAUAAGAUUUAUUUGUUAUAGUUUAUUCAAUAUUCCGAGGACAUUAGCAAAGUCUGUAAUGAGUGUAAUUUUAGGGCGCUAUCAAAUUAGUCGCGCGGCAAUUUCCGAUACACUGAAGGCGCUCUUAGAUCUCUUAUUAUAGUGUCGUAUGUUAAUACUUAUGGACUUACCGGUUUCAAUAAACGAUCCCAAUCUUUAUCUUUAAUUCGAUUCCAAGAAUGAACCAAUCAAAAUAAAUCAUUUGUAGGUGUCAAAAUAAACUUUGUUCUGAUUGGUAAAUUUUUGAGAUAGAUCGAAAAAAGCGUCUGAGAUCGUUUUUUGAAUAUGGCGGUUAAUUUGCCGCGCUUCUAAUUUGAAGACGCCUUUAGGUUAUAUACUUACGUCAACUGGUACAUAACCCAUAUCGCUGAACACCUUCAGCAACUGGAUUGGCUGGAAGGAGACGAUACAAAACAUAUUCAGUCUUACUUAUAAACUUGUUUUAGCGUUAAGAGGUGGUUAAGAAUUGCUUAAAUAGCUUUCAAAAACAUCACCGGUUCCUCGUUUAAGCCUUAUUAAGAGGCAAGAUGGCGGGUUUUGACUUACAGCUGAUCGAGUAAAUUUGUGUUUAACUAAGCAUAGCUUUGCGAAUUUUUUAUAAGUAAGACUGAUUAUGUGUUGUAUGACAGCUUUGCUAAAUAAAUGUUUCAUGUUAUAAAGUUAAAUUUUGGCCAACUUUGCCUCUUUUUGUGUUGCAAAUAACAUUUUCGUCACUAAUAAUUCCGAUGCUCUUACAUUCCUCAACCAUUUCUGUAUGUUAUGAUGUAAUUUUAUACAUUUUGUAUGACUGUUAACGUAUGAAGUAAAAUGUGUUUGCCAA